AUGGUUCACGAGCCACUUGGCAUGCUUCGCUUAAUUUCCGUGCCCAACCUCAACAACUCGAAAAAGGGAUCCAGCACCUUCGAACGUACCGGCAAGCUACUCACAUCUUUCAAAAGGCUACGUAUUAAUAAAAAAGAGACUAAAAGUAUAAGAAUCGCUAAAAACGCGCCUAAAGCGAUCUUAACGAUGACCGACGAAAAAGAAACGAAAGAGAUUAGCAAAGAGAUCGAAGCUACGGGAUUCGGAAACGGACCUUUAAAAGACUUCGGAUUCGGAAAUAAGCCUUUUAAAGACCUUAAAAGAAAACGGACCAUCGGUAAUUAUAUCGGUAACCCUUUACCGAUCCGACCACUAGCUAAGCACAAUACGCUUGCGUACAGCAUUCUAAACGCUCUUAACGAUAAUAAAGACGAUUUCCUUAAGCUAAAAGCAACGGACCUUCACUUAAAAGCAAAAGAGUUGGCCUUGUUUGCAAGAAGCUUUCUUAAAAAACUAAAGUAUUCGAGACUCGACGAUGACUUUAAAACUUAA